AUGGUGGUCACAGACCUCUUUGCAGGGGAGGUAGCCACCGAACUCCUCAAAAUGCUAUUAGCAAUAUCAAGAAAAUCCUGCUUAUGCAAAUCAAGUGCAGAAUCUUUAUUGGGAAGCAUAAACGAACUCAUGCCUAUCAUUCAAGAAAUCAAAUUCUCCGGUGUUGAACUCCCUUCCAACCGCCAAUUCCAACUCGACCGUCUCUCUCGCACUCUCGCUGAAGGCCUUGAGCUCUCCCGCAAAGUAUUAGCUUCGAACCGCUGGAACGUCUACAAAAACCUGCAGCUAGCUAGAAAGAUGGAAAAGAUCGAAAAGAAAAUAUCCAUGUUUAUCAAUGGGCCUUUACAGGCACAUUUAUUAGCUGACGUGCAUCACAUGAGGUUUGAAACUACAGAGAGGUUCGAUAAGUUAGAGUGGUCAUCCAAGAGGUUAGAGGAGAGGAUUGGCAAUUUGAAGAUCGGGGUGGGAGGUGGUGGUGGCUGGAUGGAGGAAGCGGUGAAGCGGGUGGAGGAGGAGGAGAGGAAGUGGGAGGGUAGUUUUGGGAAUAAUUUUUAUUUGGGGGUGGGGAUUGAAGAAGGGAAGAGGAAGGUGAAAGAAAUGGUUAUGAAGAGAGAGAACUUAAAUGUUGUUGGGAUUUGUGGAAUUGGUGGGUCUGGCAAAACUACUCUGGCUAAUGAAAUUUGUAGAGAUGAUCAAGUUAGAUGUCACUUUGAGAACAGGAUUUUGUUCUUGACAGUAUCACAGUCUCCGAAUGUGGAGCAAUUGAGGGCGAAAAUUUGGGGGUUUAUUACAGGGACUGAUGGAAUGGGUGGCAUGGGCAAUGAUUUGGUCCCACAAUGGAAUUUCCAAUUUGAAUGGAGAAUUGGAGCCCCAACGUUGAUUGUUCUUGAUGAUGUGUGGUCACCCUCGUUGCUUGAGCAGCUCAUUUUUAAAUUUGCCGGAUGCAAGACACUGGUGGUUUCGCGUUUCAAAUUCCCGACAGUUUUUAAUGCUACUUACAAUGUAGAAUUGUUGAGCGGACAUGAAGCAAUCUCCUUGUUUUGCUACUCUGCUUUUGGAAAGACAUCUAUUCCACCUGCUGCUGAUUCAAAUUUGGUGAAGCAGAUUGUUGACGAGUGUAAAGGCUUACCCUUGGCUCUCAAAGUGAUUGGAGCUUCACUAAGGGACCAACCUGAAAUGUAUUGGGCAAGUGCGAAAAAGAGGCUGUCAAGAGGGGAACCUAUUUGCGAGUCUCAUGAAAGCAAGUUGCUUGAUAGGAUGGCCAUUAGUACCCAGUUCUUGUCUAAAAACGUCAGGGAAUGUUUCUUGGAUUUGGGAUCCUUCCCCGAAGACAAGAAGAUCCCUCUCGAUGUUCUCAUCAACAUGUGGGUUGAGAUACAUGACCUUGACGAGGAAGAAGCAUUUGCUAUCCUUGUUGAGCUUUCAGACAAGAAUCUUCUCACCCUGGUGAAGGAUGCACGAGCUGGAGAUAUGUAUAGCAGUUACUAUGAGAUUUGUGUGAUGCAACAUGAUGUGUUGCGGGACCUUGCUAUUCAUUUGAGCACUCGUGGAGACAUAAAUGAGCGCAAGCGAUUGCUUAUGCCAAGAAGAGAAGCACAGCUUCCAAAAGAAUGGGAGAGAAAUGUGGAUCAACCAUUCAAAGCUCAAAUUGUUUCAAUUCAUACAGGUGAAAUGAAGGAAAUGGAUUGGUUCCGCAUGGAUUUUCCCAAGGCUGAAGUGCUUGUCCUGAACUUUUCUGCAAACGAGUUCUUCUUGCCUCCUUUCAUCGAUGACAUGCCAAAGCUCAGGGCAUUGGUAAUGAUAAAUUACAGUACAAGCAAUGCAACCAUUGGCAAUUUCUCCGUUUUUUCCAAUUUAGCUCAUUUGAGGAGCCUUUGGCUUGAGAAAGUAUCCUUUGCUCGAUUAUCUGAAUCUACUCUCCCUUUAAAAAAUUUACGAAAAAUAUCUCUAAUCCUCUGCAAGAUAAACAACAGCCUUGAUGAGUCUGUCAUAGACUUAUCCCACAUCUUUCCUUCUCUCUCAGAGCUUACAAUCGAUCACUGUGAAGAUUUAGUGCAGUUGCCUUCCAGCAUUUGUAGGAUGCACUCACUCAAGAGUCUGAGUAUCACCAAUUGCCACAACCUAGAGAAACUACCUCCAAAUAUGGGCAACUUAAAAUAUCUACAAAUUCUAAGGUUGUAUGCAUGCCCAUCACUGAAAACUCUCCCAUCGUGUGUAUGUGACCUAGUUUGGUUGAAGUUCUUAGAUAUAUCGCAAUGUGUCAAUUUGAAAGCUCUUCCUGAGUGGAUUGGUAAACUAUCUAGGUUGGAGAAGAUUGACAUGAGAGAAUGCUCGCUAAUGAAGCUGCCAAAUUCUGCUGCAUCCUUAGAGUCUUUACGUAAAGUAAUCUGCGACGAAGAUGUUUCUUGGUUAUGGAAGGAUUUGAAGAAGGUUAAUCUUGAUGUCCAAGUUGCAGAAAAAUGUUUCAAUCUGGACUGGCUUGAUGAUUAUUAA